AUGAGGGAACGGGUCGAGGAGAUGAUGAGAGCGGCUGAAGCGGUUCCUUCAACCAAAUUUACCCCACCUUCGACACAUCUACUGUUCUUAUCUCAACUCACCCUUCUACCCGUAAGGGAUGGGUACUCAUUCCCGGCCGCUUUCAGUUCAUGUUCAUUGCUGAGUUACCGCUCACUAUCUGGCUGGAAAAGGUGGUCCUCCAGAAUAGUAGUCUGGUGGGGUAAGCAUCCCAGCAAGCCAGACGAGAUCACCAUUUCUCUCAGUAAUGGACUUCCUUUGCAUUCUUCCUUAGCCAACGAUGUCCUUUCAUCUCGAAUCUCGUACUACACAAGCGCCCAGGAUUAA